GCCGGGUGACGACAUCGGCGCACACACACUGUGUGCGCGUGCAUAUACCAAAGUAUGCAGUACGGACAUCUGUCGGACACACUGUGUGUGUGCGUUAUAACUACCGGAUACUCCUUCGACUCCUACGGGAUACUUCCUUUUUAAUGAGGCUCUUCAACGUGUUAACACUACAGCGGUACAAUGUCUGGUAACAAGCGUUACGUCAACGUCACCUGUGAAGGCAGAACACUCAAGCUUCAAACAAACAAUGAAGGCGAUUUACCAUUGCCGUUACUACGGAUAUAUUUUCCAAAUGCCCAGGGCUUAACAUACAAAAAGGAUAAACAAGAAUAUGCCUCAACAAUAGUAUCUGACGUAUUCAUACUGGACAAGGAAGUUGAUAAUUAUAAUGUCAUUGCUUUUUGCAAUUCUGGAACAAGCCAUCUGGUAAAACUCGAGGAACAGGGGCUCAAGAAACAAAGAGUAAUGCAAAUAAUGGAAGCGUUGAAAGGGAGUAAAGAGAAAGGGAAGGAAAAUAAAUCCUGUGCAUCGAACAAAGCAAGUUGUCCACCACCUAAAAAAGCGAAGCUCGUGCCAUCAAAAGAUAGAAAAUUGAAAGUUGGAUGGAUCCAUAAAGAAUCUGAAGGAGAUAUAUUUAUACAAAUAAAAGCUCCCAUGGGUGGGAUGAGAACCUUGAUUCUAAAUGAUAGAAGCACGUACACUGCAACCGAUAUUUUAGAUUUGGCCACAACUGAGUUUAUGAAAAAUACUAGCUUUACGCAAGAUUUAUUCAAAGAUUGUCGCCUGGAGUUAGGAUUAUUUAAUGGUACGCCACUACCACAUUUUUUGGAUGUAGAUGGCAACGCAUGCGACUUUUGGAAGUACUGUGCAAGUCAGGGUAAAUCGUUGUACCGACUAAAGUUGUAUUUAUUAUCAAUCUUAAACAAAGCAACAGGAACAGAUGUUCAGAAACACAAAGAAACCUAUGAUGUACAGGAAAAUGAACAAAGGGCUGAUGUACAGAAAAAUGAGAAAACAGAUGAUGGGCAUAAUAAAAAUAAAGAAAAUGAUGAUGUGCAGGAAAGUGAAAAAUUGGAAAAUCUAAAGGACUUUGAAGCGACAAACUUAAAAAUGACAGAAGAUGAAAAAGUGCCAUGGCUAGACGAUCCAGAUGAGGAAAUGUCAUCAUUCUACAAGUCAGAAGAAAUGUUUAAUGAAAUGUUGGAAAUGAAUGAGGAUAGUGAGACUGAUGACGAAUAGGCAGUAGCCAAUUCAAUAGAAGUGUUAUAUCAAAGAGUUACUGUUUCGAAGUACAGUAAAUUGCCAUCUGUGAUUGAACUCAGCAAAAAAGAUUGUUAUCGUCAUCUGAAAAUCGAGAUGAGAGGAACAAUCAUAAACAAGAAAGAAUUUGAUCCUUUAGAUUUUGGAUUUUUCAUUAGCCGUAUAACAAUGGAUGGCAAAGUUUUAUUGCAAAUCUCAGUAAACGAUGACUGCACAAAAUCAUACGAGUUCCCUGAUGUAGAUUUGUACUUCCAAGCUAAGCAUACCAUUUUACAUCAUUACAGUGUGCUCAAUGGAUUCUGUGAAAAAAACUAUGGCCUUGGAAUUAUUCCAUAUUGCAAUGAUGACUGACAGCCAAUUUUUUGUUGGAAAAGAACGGAAAAACAAUGAAGGAAGGUAAAUUUUUAUACAGGUAUGAUGAUGCUCAAUUAACAACCAACGAUGGAGCUGGAUGGUCUUGUGAAAUAAUUUGCAAUCACGCAUAUGGCAAUUAAAUGACUUUUAGUGACAUUUUAUACGUAUGAAUUGUUAACUAUCGUGUUUACAUUUUGGAGUUCACGUUUUUGUGAUUGAUUGAGUAGUUUAUAAGAUACCGUACAAAUUUCUAAGUUAAGCUGAGCUUAGCUCAGUUAAUUAAGCUUUCUAAGAAUGAGAGCUAAUAGUAUUUUUUUAAAUAUUCCAAAUGUUAUUUAACUAUGUUUUAAAUAUUUUUAAGAAAGUAAACUUUGACCAGAGUCACCUUAAGUAAAAAAAACAGUAAUUUAUUUUAGUUUUUGAUAAAAGACGCAUGGACUAUUGCAUAGUUCAAUUUUUUUUUAUGUGAAAAAAUUUGCAUACAUUUUUGUGAUGUUUAUAGUAUUUUAUGAGAUAUUUGACAAGUUCCUAAGUAUUCUAAGAAUGAGAGCUGUGAACCUAAAAUAUUCUAAAUAUUUAUUUAUUUAAUAAUAUUCUAAAUAUUUAUAAGAAAAAAAUGCGCAAACUUAGCGUUAAAGUCAUUAUAAUUAUCUAAUUCAAUAAUGAUUUCAAGAAAGAGACCAAUGAUUAAUUAUAAAAAAUGGAAAAUUUAGUUGAAUGUUUUAUAGACGCCAAUGCUUAGUUAAGCUUAAUAACAAGAAUAUAUGAAAAAGUUGAACAUUUUUAUAAUAAGAAUGUAUGAAAAAGUUUAUUUGUACUAUUACGUUACUGCACGAGAUUUAAAUUCUAAUUUCACAGAUACUUAAUAAAGAUUUUAAGAAAAGUACCAAUAGUUAAUAUGACCGAUGAUUAAAAAAAAAGAAAAAU